AUGUGGAAGCGUUUGCGAUAUCGAACGCUUAUCGGCAUGUCAUCGCAAAUGUUUGCACAAUUAAAUGGCAUCAAUGUCAUAUCUUACUAUGCUCCUAUGGUGUUUGAGAGCGCUGGUUGGGUCGGCCGUGAUGCCUUGUUGAUGACAGGAAUCAAUGCAAUUGUGUAUGUUUUCUCUACGGUGCCGACGUGGUUCCUUGUCGAUACUUGGGGUCGUCGGCCCAUCUUGUUGUCGGGUGCGAUGCUUUGUGCUAUUAUGCUCGGUGCUUGUGGUAUUAUUUUGAAAGCGAACCAGUCGUAUACACCAACGCUUGUCGUUGUUUGUGUAAUUCUUUUCAACGCCGCAUUUGGGUACUCUUGGGGUCCCAUUCCAUGGGCCUGGACACCAGAGAUCAUGCCACUAGCUUUCCGUGCAAAAGGAUCUUCUCUCGCUGCAGCAACAAACUGGGUCUUUAACUGGAUUGUGGGCCAGCUCACGCCUGUCUUACAAGAAGUUAUCGGAUGGUGGCUUUACAUCCUGCACGCCUGUUUUUGUUUGUGUUCAUUUGCACUUGUGUACUUCCUAUACCCCGAGACACAGGGCGUACCACUCGAAGAAAUGGAUGCUAUCUUUGGGGACGAAGGCGCACCUGUACCCCAGCUGGAUGUUGAAACAGAUGAAAUCCGCACAUCUCAUGGCUCUGAUCCCGAAGUCCAUCGCUUGCGCCGUUCUAUUAGUACGCACCCUCGGUUCUUGUCUGAGAUGGAGCAUGAAGCCUUGCUUGCAUCGAAACGCCAGCGGUCUCACCAUCGCAACUCGCUGCAGACAAGCUUGCAGCAAAUAUAUUCGUCCAUGACAGGUGCAAGUACCAGCACAGAUCGCGGUGAGUACGAGGCUCUACCCGUGGAUACCUCCUAG